AUGGCUACGACGCGACAAGCUCCGUUUAAUGAUUUUUAUCAGGCUGCGCAACCUGUAUCUGCGUACGAGAGGUCGGUCUGGGGUCUAGCUGCUAUUCUCUUCGAUGAUCAAGACAGCACUACCUACGGCAUUCCGAAAUCUGAACAGGGCAAGUAUGACGCCAGAAUUCGUAAAGAUCGUCUUGCUGCUUUUUGGCAACAAAUCUGCGAGGAGGAAGCCGAAACGAAUGCCAGAGAACUCCAAAGUGCCGAAGAGCGUGCUAUCGCCUUUUUAUCUGCUAACAAGGUUGGAAAGGCCUGCGAGACCCUCUUGCAGUCCAAGAACUACCGACUUGCCACCCUCAUCGCUCAAAUCGGUAACAAUGGGACCAUGCACACGGAGAUAGCGUCCCAGAUCAGUACAUGGCGAGAUCUGAACGUUUUGUCGGAGAUUUCAGAGCCUAUCCGCGCGCUUUACUCCCUACUCGCCGCGCAGACGUGUACUUGCGAGGGCAAGAAAGCUCAGCAUAUCGAGGACAGAGCGAACACGUUCUCUAUCAGUGAACGCUUCAACCUGGACUGGAAACGGGCAUUUGGUUUACGCCUGUACUACGCCAUAGAGACGAAUGACCCGAUCGAAGUCGCCGUGGCAGCGUUUGCCGAAGAUAUCAAAAACGACGAGCCGAAGAAGCCAGGCGACGAUCUUCUGUACGCUCUUCUCCAGGUAUAUGCUGCUUCGAAGAAAUGGCUACCUUUCCCUUCUCUCGCACAUAUCCUUCUCCCCCAAACGCAGGAACCAUCCGCUUUGACAGCACGUCUCUCGUUCCAGCUGUAUUGUGCCCUCACGGGCCGCUUCCCCGAUUCCGCGGACUCCACAGUCGCAGACACUAUCAGCACCCAAUUCGCCGUCCAGCUCGACGCAGCCGGCGAAUGGCUCUGGGCGCUCUUCGCCCUCAUCCACAUCAGCGAUCCCACGAAUCGGGAGCAGCGCAUCAAAGCGCUCCUCGCCCACCACGCCGGUGAUCUCGUUGCCGACCCCCCGCACGACGAUAGGUGGAAAGACAUCAUCGACAUUUACAAGGUUCCCGAAACGUGGCUCUAUCAAGCGAAAGCUCUGCGCGCCCGAGCAGUCGACCACGAUCGUCUUCGGGAGGCGGGAUAUCUGGUCAAGGCUGAGCAGUGGGUGGAUGCGCACGAGGUGCUCAAGCGGGUGGUGGGACCUGAUUGUGUCAUUGCGGAGGAGUGGGAUAAAUUGCAGGGACUACUCACGGCGUUUAGGACGAGUAAGGAGAAAAUACGAGGUUGGGAAUUGGGUGGGCAGGUCUAUGCUGAUUACUGGGGUAUUGUCACGGAAGCUACUGGGGGGAGAGAAAAGGGGAAGGUGCUGAAAGGGUUGAUGGAAUGUUUGCCUGCUUUGCUGCGGGAUGUCGAGAAGGGGAGGGAAAGCGAGGGUAAGAAUGAGAAGGAACUGUUUCGGGAGAUGGUCGCGCUGGAGGAGAUGAAACGGGUGACGGAGCGAGAGGUGGCGGUGAUGGAAGAACAGGGCAGUGAUGGUCGGUAG